UAAUUGCUAUAGACCAGGCACGCGUGGGGCAGGGCUGGUGGACUGGAGGCUCCAGGCUGUCAAAGCUGCUAGUUUUUUCAAACUAGUUGGAAACCUAGAUUUUGGAGCAAAGUCCUGGGAUGUUUAAAAGAUAGCUCAUAUUUUAAAUUUGAAAACCCCACGUGAACCACACAGAACCCAGCAGGGCUGCCCUGUGAACAGGGGUGAUGUCCGAGUCGGCCUCCUCCACUGUCCUGGGGCCACAGGGCCCCGCUCUGCUCCACCUUGAGUCCCCAUCCCCCUCCCUGAGCAGGUGCUGAGUGAUGCCCACCCAGCUGCCCCACUGUGCAGGUGGGAAAAUUGAUCCCAGAGAGGGGAAAGGACUCAGCCAAGGUCCUUUGGCUCCUGGGCUUUGCUCUUUCCUUGUGGCCUUGAGGCAAGGCCGCCAGUGUGUUGGGUACAGCGGCCACGUGCUGCUCUUGACACAGUUGCCAGAGCGAGGCAGGGACUAUGGAGUCUGCUCCCUCCAGCCCCUCCAGCUGGGUCUGCCCCCAGCCUCUGAUGCAUGUUAGGGGUCACGGAGGGAAUUCGAUUUCUUAGCAGCAAUUGGAGACUCAGGCUGUGUGGAAAUUAACUUUAAGGCCUGGAUCUGAGUAAGGGGCCUGGUGGAGAUGCUGCCUUUGAAAUGCCCCUGCCCCUCAGGGUCCCACACACUUACCUGCCGGGCUUCCCUCUCCUGGAUGCAGGCCUGACUUAGGGUCUGAGCCUUCUUUGGUUUGUGUCCCGGAGUUUCCUGGAGGAACACUUGAGUGUUGGUCCCUUUUUUGCCUCUGCCUUCCCCACAGUGUCCGGCACUUAGCUGGGGCCAGGAAAUGUCUGAUGAGUGGCUGGAGUCCUCAUCUAGGUGGUUGGCAUUGAAGCAUCCCCACCCACCCUGCCUGCCUGCCUCCCUGCUCUCGCCCUCCCUCCUUUCCUUCCUUCCACAAGGAUUUACCACGCCUGGCCUGGCAUGUGCCAGGGUCUGUGCUGGGCACUGGGAACAUAGAGGGGGCCAAUGGUGUCCUUGUCAGUGAUGCGACCUGGCAUUUCCGUACAGAGCAAUGAUAGCGGGAGGCCCACGGCAGCUGCAGGAGCCCAGACCAGGCGCCUGCCCGGCUGCAGUGAGCCGGACGUGUUUCUGCAGCAGGUGACCUCCAUGCUGAGUGAGCCUUGAGCCUGCAUUCCACAGCCAGAAGAAUGAGUCUCAGAUGGCAGACGCGGGGGUGGGGAGGCAUCCGGGGGGGCCCCUCCUUGCAAGGCGUGAGCCCCUGAGAGCCCCUGUCCCUCUCCAGGUCGGCCAUGUCAUCUGAGCCUCCUCCCCCAUCACAGCACCCCACCCACCAGUCCUCGGCCGGGCUGCUGGAUACCCAACAGGCCCGAGACCGCUCACCAUCCCCGCUUCGGGGCAACGUGGUCCCGAGCCCACUGCCCACUCGCCGGACAAGGACCUUUUCAGCGACGGUGCGGGCUUCACAGGGCCCUGUCUACAAAGGAGUCUGCAAAUGCUUCUGUCGGUCCAAGGGCCACGGCUUCAUUACCCCGGCCGACGGCGGCCCUGACAUCUUCCUGCACAUCUCCGACGUGGAGGGGGAGUACGUCCCCGUGGAAGGCGAUGAGGUCACCUAUAAGAUGUGCUCCAUCCCGCCCAAGAACGAGAAGCUGCAGGCCGUGGAGGUGGUCAUCACCCACCUGGCGCCGGGCACCAAGCACGAGACCUGGUCCGGCCACAUCGUCAGCUCCUAGGAGAGGCCAGAGGCGCCCCUUCCCCAGGGCUUGGGGGAGACUCUGGGGCCGGAGGCAGGACCAAACUGGAGAGGACAUUCUACCGCUUGAGAUGGGGCUUCAAGGGGGGAGCGUGGUCCCUUUCAAGUGUCUCCUGAAGGAAGGGGUGUGGGGUGCUCUCGGCCACCAGCACAGCCUCUCACCAUCUGAAAAGCAUUAAAAGCAUUGAAAAAGGAGAGGCGCCCGCUAGUGGCUGAGUGGAGGGUCUGUCCGAGCCCCACCCGGGACUGGGUCGGGUGGUCUUCCCCAGCCCACAGCCCCUCAUCCCUGGAGGAAGGCUCAAAAUCCCCAGAUCUGGCCCUCUGGGUAGUGACAUGGACCCUGCGUGUUUUCCUGGGAGGAAUUCCCGCCCAAGCGGCCGCCUUGUGUCUCUCCUCGGCCCUGGGCAGAGCAGGCUUUUCUUUCUGGUUCUCAGCUGGUUGUUCAGGGGGCUGGGAGGGGCGGGGAGUGGGGGGAGGUUGGUGCCUUCGCAGCGGGAGGUGUCACAGCUGGGUGUCUGGGAGCCCGGAGUCCUCCACCUGGCAGCGACGUGCUCAGAGGCGAAUCCUAACUCUCUUCGAAGGCUGGUCCUUUCUGUCUGUCUUCAGGGUGAGUGAUCCUGGCUCAGCAACCCGUCACUGAGGUGGUGGGUGGGAGUGGGGAUGGCGGUGGGAGAGGGGAGUGUGGAGAGGGGAGGCUCUUUGUUUAAGACCAGACCUUUCUCUGGAUCCAUCUAGAAAAGAGCAGGUGGUUUGCUUCCUGACAGCCUGGUAAAGUUAGAAGUUGAAGGGGAAAUACACCUUUGGUGGGGUUUUCUGGAAAACUGGUGUGAAGAACUGCUUAGGAUUUUCUUUUUUUUAUUUCAUAACUGAAGUUCUCACCAGAGCCAGCUCUGUUUGCACUUCGCUGCCGACAUUGCAAACCUUUGUAGAUAUUUCCAGUAAACAGAUCCUUAGGAUUUUCUUUGCUGUG